CCACUCUGACAGUAAGACAGGGAGCUGGUGUUUGGGAGUCAGUCUUCAGUCUGGGAGAGGUGUUGGUGGUGAUUCACGCAAGAUGGAGAGAGCUCCCCCACUGUGGACACUCACUAUGGCACCAAGUACUGCUGGUGAAGUAGGAGGGAUCCAGGGAAAGGUCCAGCCGGCUCACACGGCUACUCCAUAGCCUGGAGUCAGUCAGGAUAGCAGAUUGACCACCAAAGCUGCCGGCCUUAUCUCUCUCUGACCUCGGGGAUGGAAGGUAGGACGCUCGGCUUGGCCUCCAGGCUCACAGCUCAAGGAGAGCGCGGCUGAUCCCUGCAGAGGAAUUGGAGACCGCAGAGUUGGCAACGAAGAUGGAACUGGAGGGGCAGACCAGCCAGCCUCCACCAUGUGUGACACCAGCUGCUCCUCAAGCUGCCAGCCAUCCUGCUGCGUGUCCAGCCCCUGCCAGCCAUCCUGCUGCAGGCCUGCUGUAUGCAUUCCUGUGAGAUACCAAGUGGCCUACUGUGUGCCUGUGAGCUGUAGGCCCACUGUGUGCGUGGCCCCCUCCUGCCAGUCCUCUGUGUGUGUGCCUGUGAGCUGCCGGCCUGUCUGUGUGACCUCCGCCUGUCAGUCAUCUGGAUGCUGCCAGCCCUCCUGCCCCACCCUGGUCUGCAGACCUGUCACCUGUGGCACCCCCUCCUGCUGCUGA